AUGCGCAAGGUUUUGGCGGGGCCAGCUGACCGCUUGCCAAGACCACCUUAUGACGCUGAGAUAGACGCGAUAUUUAAGGCUCUAGGUGGCACGCCUGAGAGGUAUGAGGUUGAGAAGCUUAGGAAGGAUGCGGCGGCGAGGACUCAACCUCUCACGAACGCUCUACUUACCGACGAGAGUGUUCAAGUCGACGACGUCACAAUCCCUGGGCCUCGAAGGGAUCUAACGGUCUCGGUUGUACGGCCAGCGGCCGCGACGGGUGAUCAGCAUCCAUGCAUUUUCUACAUCCACGGUGGCGCCUUAGUUGCAGCAGAUCGCUUCGCGGGAUUGGAUACUAGUGUCGUAUGGGCAAGGGAGUUCAAUGCCAUCGCUAUAAGUGUGGAGUACGGACGUGCGCCAGAGAAUACAGGUACGCAGCCUGCAGAAGACUGUUACGCUGCAUUACUCUGGGCUGGUAAGCACCUCUCAGAACUAGGUAUCGAUCCUGACCGCCUGCUGCUCUACGGCACAUCUGCUGGGGGCGGUUUGGCAGCGGCUACAGCAUUAAUGGCACGUGAUAAGGGCGGCCCGAAGCUGUGUGGCCUUGUUCUCGAAUGUCCUAUGCUCGAUGAUAGGAAUGAAAAGGUUUCGUCCCAACAGUUCUCGACUGGCCCAUUUUACAAUUCGACCCUAAACAGGUUUGCCUGGCAUUGUCUCCUCGGUGAGCGCGCUGGGAGCAACUCUGUUACUGAAUACGAAGCACCCGGUCGAGGGCAGGAUCUCUCAGGGUUGCCACCGACAUACCUCGACUGCGCUUCGGCUGAACCCUUUCGGGAUGAAAUUGUGGCAUUCGCCUCCAAGCUAUGGGAGGGCGGGGUUCAAGCAGAGCUCCAUGUGUGGCCUGGUGGCCCUCAUGGAUAUGAAAGAAUAGUUCCAACGGCACCCUUUGCGAUAAUGGCAAGGCAGACCAGGCUGGCCUGGAUUCGUAGAGCUUUCUUUCAAACAACCUAA